AUUCUUCGCCUCUCUCGCUUCCCCCAUCAGAUUUCCCUCUCCCGCCUCUGCCACCGGAGCACGUUCCGGAGGCACGACGUCGACGGCGAGGAUAUUAAUAGAGCUCGAAGAGAGUAAGCAUCGUGGCACUGACGCGAUGGCAAGCACGACUCCGUUUUUCACGCCGUUGAUGGUUUCGCGCUUGGACUCGCGCAUUCCUGGGAUACGGCGAUCACGUGCGAGCUUCGUCGUCGCUUUUUCCGCCGUUGUCCGCUCCCUCCUCCUCCCGCUCCUCCAAUUCCUCAUUCGCCUCUUCCUCGUUGCACGUAUCCACGCGUAUACGUAAGCCACACGUGAGUGACACGCUAUCAAUGCGCUUUAUAUUUAAGCAAACAGGAGCUAAAUUUGUUUACUUUAUUGUUUUUGUUCGUCAUACCUUUUAUUUCCUUUCGAUUAAUCAAGUGAUUCCCAGAUCAUCUGUCAUUACUGCGCUUUACAUCUGUUUCGCGAGCUCGAUCGCUCGGAAGAACGAUUUGUAUUGUUUAAGGGUGUCUCGCGGUUCGUUACCGUCAAGAUGACGUUUCUUGACACGAAUUUACCGUGAGAAUCGCCGUAAGGUUGUGCCAAAUGUAUAUCUAUGCCAAAAACGACCGUGUGUAUAUCCGCACGUGAUUUUCUCGCGUCUCCUUGCAACGCUCUCUUCUUCGUUUUACAUUUUUUCCUAUUGACGCGUGUAUCUUAUCUUGAUGACUAACAAAAUUGAACUGUCAGCAAUGUUGGUUGUCCCUAAGUAAUCUUGCCGACUUCUAUUCAGUAGCCACGGAAUGUUUCCAAACUUAGAUUUUAGUCUCAAAAUUAUGUCGAUUAAUUUCGCGGAGUUUAUGUCCAUUUCGCAUUUGUAAAUUUCUUUGGUUGCGUUGCCCAUAAUCACAAGAAAAAAUAGAGGGAAAAAGGGCGCGUUUGGAUUAUUCCUAGUACGGGGGACGGGAAUCUCUUGGAAGUGCGUGGGAGGCGAGGGGAGAGGUUCCACCAACAAAAUUAUGGAUCGAGGCAACGCGAAGGUUCACGUCUGCGCAUGACUAUUCCUUGUUGUUAGCGCAGCCGUAUACACGUACACGCAUGCGGCACGCGUACGUAUACACCGAAGAACGCGGGAGAAUCGCGCGAUCUUGCUGUCUCUAGAGAAUCUCUCUUUUGAGAUUUCUUUACACGCGCAAUAUGCUUUUAUGAGUUUAUUAACAAUAAGUAAUAUUCAGGGUUAAUUGAUUAUCCGUCCGCAUGUAAAUUCUCAAUCCGAUAAGUAAAAGCGACUUGAUGGAGGGAUUCGAAUGUUCGUACAAAAAAUUGAAUUAAUUUCAUUUUAGAGAAAAACAACAACCGGGGGGAGAAGAGAAGUAUGUGUUUGUGUGCGUGCAUGUGCGUGCGUGCGCGCGCGCGAGCGUGUGUGUGUAUGUGUGUGUGUGUGUGUGUGUGUGUGUGUGUGUGUGUGUGUGUGUGUGAAAGAGAAAGAGAAAGAGAGAGAGAAAAUCUCGUCUUGCAGUGAGAUUGCGCAAAAACGGUUCCUAAUCGCUUAGAGCUGAUUGUAGAAUUUAAUGUUCGAACGGCAAAUAAGCAUCAUGACACGCGGUCGAGUAUGAGACGCGCAAUAACACAUCGAUGAAUGUCAUCCUCAGCGAGAAAUGAUAAUGGAAUCAACGUCGAAUCGACAUUAAAAUGAUGAUUUCGAUGUCGAAUCAAUGUCGAAAUCAUCAUUUUGAUGUCGAUUCGAUGUCGAUUCCAUUAUCAUUUAUCGCUGGGUCAUGCGCCGGAUUGGAAUAAUUUUGCGGAACAAUUAAAAGUGCGCCAAACUACACCGAACUGCGCCAUUCCGUUGCUUCAUUGCGCGGUUACCGACAAUGAGAUUAUUUUACUUACAAUGUAACGAUCGCAAAUAUAUUACUAAGAGCGAUAUAGAUAUUCCGUAUGUGUGCGUAACGCGCGCACGCGCGAGUAUGUGUAUGUACAAUUGAUUACUAUCCGCCGUAAUAGGUCCGAAAAUUUUCUUACGUUAUGAGUUACGCUUGAUCGGAAACCUCAAUCAUAAUAUACAUGCGCUAGAAAAUAUUUUGAUGCUGUGAUUUUAUUCUCUGAAUUCUUCAGUUUGCGAAUCUUUCGAAAAUCUUUUGCACGUCGCGCCAUACGCGCACUGUUAAUUGUUUUAGUUAGCGAGUUUAUCAACUUUCUUCCUUAUAUGUAAUAGAAUAGAGUUUAUUCCUCAGCGUACAUAGUUAAAGAGACCGUUUACAUUAUACAUUAACCACACACAUCCAUAUUUUAACUUGUUGAUUAAUUAAUCUUUCUAUUCUUUCCUUAUAUCUGUUAUUUUAAUUUGCUACAUUUAAUCAUACUCAAACAUAUAUCUCUAUUUCCUUAUAAUAGAGGAGAAGAUGGUAUUGUGGGCACCCCUUUUUGUCAAUCCAUAUCUCCUAUAUUAAAACUUAACGACUGUAUUUAUUAAUUAAAAUUAAAUAGAAGGCUCUGAAGACGUAAAUCAAAACAUAAAUCAAUGCCGUGAAAGCCAACACUAGAUAUUCGUGUGCAUAAUUAAUACACAUAUUGACAAGCAAUUAUUAGUACAAUAGACGUUUCAAUCUUCAAUUUUGGAUCAUCUUCAGUAUAAGUAUAACAGUAUGUAUUUAUUAAAGUAUUGUUUAAUAGAGUUUGAACUCAAAGUUAUAAAAUACUAUAAAGUUAUCAAUAGGUCAAAUAAGAGCAAAAGCAAAUAAGGUGUCAAUAAAUGGAAAUAUAAUUGUUACUUAGUAUAUACACAAAAACGCUGAACGUUUCGGGCUUACUUGCCUCUUUUUAACAUAAAAAUAAUAUUAUUUAGGACAUGAUUUAUAAGAAUCGUGAUAACAGUGCAUAAUGGGUCGAGGAAGAAGAAGGAGGGAAGGGAGUAAUAUGGAUCACCACAAAAAUAUAACCACGAAGUUUUAAGAUAGAGGUCAAUAAUACUCGAUAAUAAUAUGGGCGAGAAAACAUUUAAUCUUACAUGGAAUAAUCACCUGGCGAAUCUGUCGGGUUUAUUUGAAGCUCUUUACAAGAGUGGUUCCCUGACAGAUGCGACUUUAGCUUGUCAGGGUGGCAUGUUGAGGGCCCAUAGAUUGGUAUUAGCAGCAUGUAGCCCUUAUUUUGAAAGGGUAUUUAAGGAACAUUAUGGGGAACAACCCAUUCUCAUUUUAAAAGGUGUCGCUGUCGAGGAAAUGGAAUGCCUCUUGGACUUUAUGUAUAGAGGAUCUAUUGAUGUAGCGGAAGAACAUCUCCCCUCGCUUAUAAAAACUGCCACCGAUUUGGAGAUACGUGGUCUUUCUGGGGAACAAAGAAACCAGGAGAACAACCGCAAUCUCUACACCAGGGUCGAGACGCGGAUGCAACGGUGCCAUAUCGAAACCAGAGUACACACUACUGAAUAUAUCAAGGAACCGUCGAUGAUCCCUUUUCUGCCGAAGCAUUCGACCAUUGAUUCAAUGGAGGAUCACAUUAAAGUAGAGGACAUCGAAGUGGAAGAUGAUCCGAUGGUUAUUGACGGACACGAAGACAGUUUUGACGAGCUUCCGCGAUCUACAGAAACGCAAAUUAGGCGUAUACCACCUCCGAUGUAUAAGCGAGAGACCAGAUUCAAAGGACAGAAGAGAGUAUCUGUGGGCCGUGUAACACGGAACAACGAUCCAUUGGAAUCGAAGUCAAAAGAUUCCUCGCGAGAAUCGAGUUGUGAGGAUUCUUCGAGGAUCGUCAAAUGUGAGCCUAGUUUCAAUGACGGGUCCGCGGAUGUUGCAAUAUCAAGUGUACAGGAAAAUUUAAAAAACUCAGACGAUCCACCAAAGACUGGCGUAAAGAGGAAGUUCGAGGUCACAAAAAAAGCAGGAGGAAAUGAAGGAAGAGAGACAAGGACACUCAGCAAGUCCGAAAGAGUGCAGCAUAAACCUUUUUCCUGCGACCUUUGUACCCUCGCUUUCACGAGAGCAUCGCACUUAGCAAGGCAUAGAAGAGUGCAUACGGGCGAAAGACCCUUCGCUUGCAGUAUCUGCCCGCGAAUGUUCGCUAGGCAAGAUAAAUUAAAACAGCAUCUGGAUUCACACUUGCAAUGGCCAAAGAGAAAGGGUGGCCAAACAAUCUCAUUGCCGACGAAGGGCAAACGCGGCAGACCACGUAAGGUUAAUUUGGAGCAAUCUGCGAUGGAAGAAAUUUUAAAGUUUGGCGAAUUUAGUUCUUUAUUGAACAAGUCGCAUUCCGCAAAUUCGACGAGUAAAAGUGAAAAUUUUGAAAAUACUGGUGAUGAUAGCAAGAGGAAAGAAGUGCAUCGAAACGAGGACGACAGGUCUCAUAGAGAAAAAGACAACCGCGGUUGCCAAGUUGAAAAUGGCCAAGACAUCAUUUAA